GGGACCCACAGUCUCUGUAACGUUACGUCUAUGUGUGCUCGCCUGUUGGUUACAAGCCCCCAUUUCAUUUGCAGCUUACGCAAAAAGCAGAGGAAGCUUGUGAUUUGCUGGCCUCAGCCCUCCCUCCUCUGGGGGUAACUUAUUACAGGAGUUUGCGGGCGGAGCCGGUUUCCCUGACAGAUAAAUUGUGUGUGGUACAAUUUGAGGAGUCGGGUACGAAACUGUCCUUUCGUGUUUCCUGUGAGGCACAGUUCACAGUCGAGCUAAAGCUACCCUAACCACACCGUUAAAACCAGAUAAACCGAGAAAAAGGGGGAUAUUACCGGAGAGUUAAUAUGUCGGGAAAUAAAGACAGCGACGGCGGAUGGAGGAAAUUUGUGUGGAAUUCAGAGAAGAAGGAGUUUCUAGGACGAACAGGGGGCAGUUGGUUUAAAAUCUUCUUGUUCUACGUGAUUUUCUAUGGAUGCUUGGCUGGAAUUUUCAUCGGGACCAUUCAGGCAAUGCUGCUUACAUUAAGCAACUACAAACCCACCUAUCAGGACCGAGUCGCUCCCCCAGGUCUGUCACACACCCCGCGCUCAGACAAAUCUGAAAUUGCUUUCACUAAGGGCAAGGAAGAGACAUAUAAGAACUAUGUCGAGAGCAUGGACAGUUUCCUUAAAUUAUACAAUGAGGAUCGUCAGAUGGAGACACAUAACUUUGAAGAUUGUGGAGAUGCUCCUCAGUCAUAUAGGGACCGUGGAAGUCUGGAGAGUGAGGUAGGCCAGAGGAAAGCUUGCCGCUUCCGCAGGACUUGGCUUGGUAGCUGCUCAGGGGAUGAUCCCUCUUUUGGCUUUGCGGAAGGAAAGCCUUGCAUUAUUGUCAAACUCAACAGGAUUGUCAACUUCAGACCAAGGGCUCCCUCUAACAAUCAGUCACUCCCAGAGCCCCUGCAGAUCAAAGCACAGCCCAACCUGAUCCCCAUUUUCUGCAAAAAUAAGAGAGAGGAGGAUGAAGGCAAGAUCGGAGAGAUCAAGUACUUUGGCUUCGGCGGCGGCUUUCCCCUUCAGUACUAUCCAUACUACGGCAAACUGCUGCAGCCCCAGUACCUGCAGCCUUUGGUUGCCAUUCAGUUUACCAACCUCACCAUGAAUGAGGAGCUGCGCAUCGAGUGCAAAGCAUAUGGAGCAAACAUUGAUUACAGUGAGAAAGAUCGCUAUCAAGGACGUUUUGAUGUUAAAAUCACAGUCAACUCGUGACCUCAGCCAUGACGAGCACUCUCAUUUUGAAAACAAAUCAAAUGUAGAGAGAAUAAAAGAGUUCAGAUAAAACACCACUAGUCUUUGAACAUUCAUAAUAUACAGGACCUACACUUAAUCCGUGUGCUUUACACUAGCUUUUCUGUGUGUCUGUCGAGGGUUAGAAUGUAAAAUACAAGAGUAGCAAUAGCAAAUAUUUAUUCUACUGUAAAUGAAACUAUUCCUUGAGCCAUGGGAUGUGUUCAUCUAUUACUGUAAAACUGCUAUUCCACUACUGAUGUGUAGCGAGCUGUGUUUCUGUCCCCAAAGUAUUUCAUCCUAAUGUGGUUUCUAUAUAUUUUUGGAGUGUCCAGUGCUGUAGUCUAGUCUCGUAAUCUCUUCUGUCUUAUGUCAGCUUUAGUGGUCCAAGGUGUGUGAGCGUGCGCUCGUGUCUGUGUGCAGGUGUAUUAGUUUAUGUGAGUGUGUGGAGUGUGUGUCAAUGUGCUCUGACUAACUGAAAUACUAGCAUGGUACUCUGAACCUUUAAGGCCCAUGUAUGAGUAAAUGACUGCGCUCCAUGGAAUCUUUUUUUUUGUGUUUCUUUACCGAGAUGUUCAAGUUGACUGUGGAAGGAUACAUUUGUACACUUUUCUUUGUUGUUCACCUUAGCUGUAGGAUAUGGUUUGAUGACUUUCUGUUUGAUACUCUUACAUCUGUUCAUUCUUAAUUCAUAGUGUAGAGCUUUGUGGGUCCAGCCUAGAAGACUGUCACCUCCAUGGAAACAGUGGCAACUCAGUGCUUUGAAAUCUGUUUUGCUGGAGACAUCACAUGAUGUGAUGCAACUUACUAUUGAAUGUUUUAGCCAUUUUCAUGGUGGAAGAAUUUUAUAUUUAUGCAGUUGUACAUUUUUUUCAAAGUGUAAUGUAUGAAUCCAAUACCAAAGUCGCUGGUCAAAAGUUAGAAAAUCAGAGGCAAUGCAGUAUCCCGUGUAAUAAGAUGUUUAGUUGGUGUGAAAAUACUUAAUUCAAUGUUGAAGAUCAAAACACUUGUCAGGAGUCUGCUCUUGUCACUUUAUUUAAUCUGCAUAAGGCUGAAACAAUAAACAGAAAAAUGGAACAACUGUGAA